AGUGACUGUAACAUUACUCCAUCUGGGGUUAGGAAAUGAGCUAUUAAAGUAUCAUUGGUGAAAUCUGUGGAGUGUUUGUGUCAACUGAGUGGGCCAAAGAUGGGUUUUGAACCAUUAAUUUGGUACUGCCAGCCAGCAGCAAACAGUAUUUGGGAAAAAGUAGUGGAUAAUGUUUUUGGGUCCUAUACACCUUGUGCAAUUGACACACUUGUUAUCUCCAUCUCCAAUUUGGUUCUUAUGGGCCUGUGCUUAUAUCGAAUAUGUCUUAUCACUAGCAAUGCCAAAGCUCAGAGGUUUCGUUUGAGUUCAAAUUACUAUAAUUAUGUUCUGGGAAUGUUGGCUGGUUACUGUGCUGCUCAGCCUUUAUGGAGAUUGGUAACUGGAAUUUCAGCCUUCAAUCUGAAUGGGGAAACUGGUUUUGCUCCUUUUGAGAUAACAGCUUUGAUCAUUGAAGCACUUACUUGGUUCUCAAUGAUAAUUCUUAUCCUCUUGGAAACCAAGGUUUAUAUCCGACAAUUUAGAUGGUUGGUGCGGUUUGGAGUUAUCUAUGUUUUGGUGGGAGAUAUUGUAAUGCUUAACCUUCUUCUGUCAGUGAAAGAUUACUGCAGCAGAUCUGCCCUGUUUCUGUACAUUAGCAGUGUUACCUGCCAGGUGUUAUUUGGCACCUUACUUCUUGUUUACAUGCCUAAUUUGGUUCCCUAUUCUGGCCAUAUAAUAAUGCCAACUGAGGAACCUGACAAUGGUGUAUAUGAACCACUUUGUGGAGAAGAUCAAGUUUGCCCUGAGAUGUAUGGCAAUGUAUUCUCUAGAUUAAGUUUUGGAUGGAUAACUCCACUCAUGCAACAAGGCUACAGAAAACCCAUCACCGAGAAGGAUGUUUGGAAGCUAGACAAAUGGGAUCAUACAGAGACAUUAAAUGAAAAAUUCCAAAAAUGUUGGAUGUUAGAAUUCCAAAACUCUAACCCUUGGCUUUUAAAAGCAUUGAACAAUAGCCUAGGAAAAAGGUUUUGGUGGGGAGGCAUCUAUAAGAUUGGUAAUGAUCUUUCUCAGUUUUUGGGGCCUAUUUUGCUGAACCAUCUCUUAAAUUCAAUGCAAAAUGGAGAUCCAUCCUGGAUUGGUUACAUCUACGCCUUCUCCAUAUUUGUUGGAGUGUCAUUCGGUGUUCUAUGUGAAGCACAGUAUUUCCAGAAUGUUAUGCGAGUUGGUUUUCGGCUUAGAUCAACUUUGGUGGCUGCUAUAUUUAGAAAAUCUUUGAGGCUAACUCAUGAAGGUCGAAAGCCAUUCACAACUGGGAAGCUCAUGAAUAUGAUAACAUCAGAUGCCAAUGCACUGCAGCAAAUAUGCCAACAACUUCAUGGACUAUGGUCAGCGCCAUUCCGUAUCAUCAUAGCUAUGGUUCUCCUAUACCAGCAACUAGGUGUUGCUUCCCUUAUUGGAUCAAUAAUGCUAGUUCUCAUUCUCCCACUGCAGACUUUUGUGAUUAGCAAAAUGCGUAAACUGACAAAGCAAGGACUGCAACAGACCGACAAAAGGGUUGGCCUCAUGGGUGAAAUUCUUGCUGCCAUGGAUACUGUAAAAUGUUAUGCUUGGGAAUCAAGCUUUCAAUCCAGAGUUCAAAGCAUACGAGAUGAGGAGCUUUCAUGGUUCCGCAAAGCACAGCUGCUAUAUGCUCUUAACACUUUUAUACUAAACAGCAUCCCAGUUCUUGUGACAGUGACCUCAUUUGGAAUGUUUACUUUACUUGGUGGAGAAUUGACACCUGCAAGGGCAUUUACCUCACUAUCUCUGUUUGCAGUUUUGCGCUUUCCAUUAAAUAUGCUUCCAAAUUUACUUAGUCAGGUAGCAAAUGCAAAUGUCUCGUUGCAACGAUUAGAAGAACUGUUUUCGUCUGAGGAGCGAAAUUUAAAACAAAAUCCACCUAUUGUACCUGGACUUCCAGCCAUCUCAAUUAAGAAUGGAAACUUUUCAUGGGAUCCUAAGGCAGAGAAGCCAACAUUAUCAAAUAUCAAUGUGGAAAUACAAAUCGGCAGCUUAGUAGCAAUCAUUGGUGGUACUGGAGAAGGGAAGACAUCACUUAUUUCAGCAAUGAUUGGAGAGCUACAUCCCCUAGCUGAUGGAAAUGCUACAAUCAGAGGCACUGUUGCUUAUGUUCCUCAGAUUUCAUGGAUUUACAAUGCUACUGUUCGUGAAAAUGUAUUAUUUGGAUCAAAAUUCGAAUAUGAACGAUAUUGGAAGGCCAUUGAUGUCACUGCUUUGGAGCAUGAUCUCAACUUACUACCUGGACGUGAUUUUACAGAGAUUGGCGAAAGAGGAGUCAAUAUUAGUGGUGGACAAAAGCAAAGAGUUUCCUUAGCUAGGGCCGUAUACUCAGAUUCUGAUGUGUACAUAUUUGAUGAUCCUUUAAGUGCUCUUGAUGCUCAUGUUGCUCAAGAGGUUUUCAGGAACUGUAUAAAGGAAGGGUUGAGAGGAAAAACCAGGGUUCUUGUGACCAACCAGCUACAUUUUCUCCCUCAGGUGGAUAAAAUUAUUCUGGUUAGUGAUGGCAUGAUUAAAGAGCAAGGAACCUUUGAGGAGUUAUCAGAAAAUGGGAUUCUAUUUCAGAAACUAAUGGAAAAUGCAGGAAAAAUGGAACAACAAGCUGUUAAUAAUGAAGAUAGUGAUAGUCAUGACAAGGCUAACGUUUCACCCUCAAAUAAUGAGGCAAAUGUAGUGUUACCAAAUGAUACAAGCUAUGAAAAGAAGGGAAAAUUAAGAAAAUCAGUUCUUGUUAAGCAAGAAGAGCGGGAGACAGGUGCGGUUAGCUGGAAAGUUAUAACGAGGUACAAAUCUGCACUGGGAGGACUGUGGGUUGUUUCCCUCCUCUUUGCAUGCUAUACAUUAACAGAAGUUCUUCGAAUUUCAAGUAGCACAUGGUUAAGUGUGUGGACUUCUAAAGAUUCCACUUCAGAUUAUGACUCAGGAUAUUUUCUUUUCAUCUAUGCACUUUUCUCAUUUGGACAGGUAUCUGUGGCACUUGUAAAUUCUUAUUGGUUGAUCACUUCAAGUCUUCGUGCUGCCAAAAGAUUGCAUGAUGCAAUGUUAGAUAAAAUCCUUCGUGCUCCAAUGGUUUUCUUCCAAACUAAUCCUGUUGGCCGCAUAAUUAAUCGGUUUGCGAAAGACAUGGGAGAUAUAGAUACCACUGUUUUUAAUUUGGCAAAUAUGUUUUUGGGACAAGUAUGGCAACUACUUUCAACAUUUGUUCUUAUAGGCACUGUGAGCACAAUAUCCCUGUGGGCCAUAAUGCCACUUCUGAUCUUCUUUUAUGCAGCUUUUAUAUAUUACCAGAGCACGGCUCGAGAGGUGAAGCGUUUGGAUUCAAUUACAAGAUCUCCAGUUUAUGCACAUUUUGGAGAAGCACUGAAUGGUUUGUCUAGCAUUCGGGCUUACAAAGCAUAUGACAGGAUGGCACACAUUAAUGGAAAAUUCAUGGACAACAAUAUCAGAUUUACCCUUGUGAAUAUUAGCUCAAACCGUUGGCUCACCAUAAGGUUAGAAUCAUUAGGAGGCCUCAUGAUUUGGUUGAUAGCAACAUUUGCUGUCUUGCAGAAUGCAAGAGCUGAAAAUCAAGCAAUGUUUGCAUCUACAAUGGGUCUACUUCUCAGUUAUACUUUAAACAUAACAAAUCUCUUGAGUGGUGUACUAAGACAAGCAAGUAGAGCUGAAAUCAGUUUAAAUGCUGUUGAGCGCGUUGACACAUAUAUAGAGUUAGAAACUGAGGCUUCAGGUAUAAUUGAGACAAACCGUCCACCACCAGGAUGGCCAACAUCAGGAUCAAUUGAGUUUGAGAAUGUUGUUCUUAGGUAUAGGCCUGAACUUCCUCCAGUUUUGCAUGGAUUGUCCUUUACAGUGCCUCCAACUAAGAAGGUAGGAGUAGUUGGAAGAACUGGUGCUGGAAAGUCUAGCAUGCUUAAUGCUUUAUUCCGGAUUGUGGAACUGACAAGAGGAAGAAUCAGUAUUGAUGGUUGUGAUAUUUCUAUGAUUGGACUAGCAGAUUUGCGAAGUGUUCUUACUAUCAUACCACAAUCCCCAGUUCUUUUCUCAGGAACUGUUCGUUUCAAUCUUGAUCCAUUUAAUGAACACAAUGAUACUGACCUAUGGGAAGCUUUAGAAAGGGCGCAUUUGAAGGAUGUAAUAAGAAGAAAUCCAUUUGGUCUAGAUGCUCAGGUCUCAGAGGGAGGAGACAAUUUCAGUGUUGGACAGAGGCAACUAUUAAGUCUAGCUAGAGCAUUGCUACGAAGAUCAAAGGUUCUAGUCCUGGAUGAAGCUACUGCUGCUGUAGAUGUUAGAACAGAUGCCCUUAUACAGAAAACUAUCCGACAAGAAUUUCAGUCCUGCACAAUGAUCAUCAUUGCUCACAGACUUAAUACAGUUAUUGACUGCGAUCAGAUUCUGUUACUUGAUGCCGGCGAGGUUAUUGAAUACAGUUCACCAGAGGAACUCUUACUAGAUGAAGGAACUGCAUUCUACAAGAUGGUUCAAAGUACUGGACCUGAAAAUGCUAAGUAUUUAUGUAGCCUAGUAUUUGGAAGAACAGGGAACAAUUCUAAUGAAUAUAACAAGGGGCUGGAAAGCCAUAUGAGACAAUUAGCCUCUUCUCACUGGGCUGCUGCUACCCAGUUUGCAAUGGCAAGUACCCUUUCUUCAUUACACCAUCAUCUUCAAAGUCCAAGUACAAAAGACAAUAAAGAUAUCCUUCAUAAAACAAGGGAUGCGGUGACAACACUGCAAGAAGUUUUAGUGGGGAAGCAUGAUGAAGCCAUAGAAGAGACACUGACUAAACAACAUGUUCCUACAGAUAGAUGGUGGUCUACUCUCUAUAAAGUUGUUGAAGGUCUUGCAAUCUUGAUCAGGUUGCCUCCGGACAACAGUCAACAAUUGGAACUUGAUUUUGAAGGAAGAUCCUUCGACUAACGUAAUCUUGAAGAGUAGAGAGGGGUAUAUGCAACCAAAUCUCAGAGGAGUUGUUGCAACCACAAGAUUCUGUAGAAUUUUUUCCCCUCUUUGUUAUUCUAGUUUCCUUUUAUAUUUUUUAAGUAUUUUCUUUCUAUUAAAUCAUUUGGGUUCAUUGAUCACCAACCCCAAUUAGUGUGAAUCAUCGAUCACCAACCGGCAACCCGAAUUAGUUUGAGAUA